CUACCGGUCAGAAUAGACCGAAGUGGGGCGUGAACUUUGCUACUAGAACGUACCUUGUUACAUCACAUGAUCAUCAAAAACAAACAUGUCGUCUUUCUUCGGUGUUGUGGGUGGCAAUCCCUUUGCCACACUUGUUGGUCAAAGAAUAGAGCAAGCCACAGAUGCAUCUCUGGCAUCUGAGAAUUGGGCCCUUAAUAUGGAAAUAUGUGAUAUCAUAAACAGCACUGAUGAUGGACCCAAAGAUGCAAUCAAAGCAAUUCGUAAACGACUUCAGCAAAAUGCUGCCAGAAACUAUACAGUUGUCAUGUAUACCUUAACUGUUUUGGAAACAUGUGUGAAAAACUGUGGCAAGCGAUUUCAUAUUCUCUCCUGUAACAAAGAGUUUGUUCUAGAGCUUGUGAAACUUAUUGGACCCAAAAAUGAUCCGCCCACUGCAGUCCAAGAAAAAGUUCUCAGCCUGAUUCAAAGUUGGGCAGAUGCUUUCCGGAACCAGCCUGAUCUGCUUGGAGUCGUUCAAGUUUACAGCGAUCUUAAACAGAAAGGUAUUGAAUUUCCAAUGACCAAUCUGGACACAAUGGCACCCAUCCACACACCUCAAAGGACUCAAGAACCUGAGGUAGGUGUGGAAGCUGCAGCAACUCCACGCCCUCCACAGUCUUCAAGUCCACUAGCUCUUGCACCAUCAAACGUACAGAUGACUGCUGUUCCAACUGAGUCAUCUCAAAAUAUUCAGCUCACACCUGAGCAGCUCUCCAAGCUACAAAACGAACUUGAUGUGGUCCAAGCAAACAUGUCAGUCUUGAAUGAAAUGCUCAAUGAACUUACUCCUCGGGAAGAACACCCCAGUGAUUUGGAGCUUCUCACGGAGCUGCACAGCACCUGUCAAGCCAUGCAACAGCGUCUUGUUCAACUGAUUGGAAAGCUUUCUAAUGAUGAAAUAACUGCUGAGCUGCUGCGUAUUAAUGACCUUUUGAAUAAUCUAUUUUUAAGGUAUUCAAGAUUCCAAAAUAACAGAGAACGAGGUGACAAAGACCAAAGAAAAGAAAAACUAGGCGAAUCUCUUAUUGAUUUGGAUGAUGAACCUGCACCUCAGAAACUCAGCUCUAAAUUGGCAUCUCUAAAUAUUUCUGAUUCAGGUGCCGCCGCACAGUUGACUAAUUUGACCAGCAUAUCUGCUAAGCCAGGCACCCAUGUCAAAAAAGAGAAGGAAGACGACUCUGAAUUUGACAUGUUCGCACAGUCACGCAAUGUCACUUAUGAAUCAUCAAAGACAGGAGGAAGUUCUUACCAGGACAACCUUAAGCCAGAUCAAGUGAGUGGAUCAUUGGGUGUUGUAGCUGCUUCUAGAAAUCAAGCUUCUUCGUCCCAACAGGAACAAAUUAUUGGGACACACAAGGAAAGUGACUUUGAUGAAAUGGCUGCAUGGCUUGGAGAUGCUCCUGGAGAAGAAAGCAUGACAAGCAGUGAGUUUGAGAGGUUCCUAGCGGAGCGUGCAGCUGCGGCAGAAAAUGUGGGUAAUGUUACUGAUGGGAGUAACAGAGGCCAGCAACGCCAGAAGAAAGAAGAUGAUGCUUCAUUAUUUGCCCUAUGAGAUGAUGUUCUGGUGCAAACAUAUGGAUCAUCGACAUUCCCUGUACACUUGCUGCUACAUAUAAUUCAUUAAUACUGACAUAUUUUAACUCGUACCAGAAUUGCGUACUCUGGUAAUUUUCAGUUUUGGACUACUUAACUCAAUUUUAAUUAUUUAUUUGCAAGGUGGACCAAAUGAGGUGAAUGGGUACUUUGGCCCAGUACAGUACAAUACUUCAGCAGAACUCUUCUUUCUGACCCUUUACUUCACAAAGGCCUUAUCUUUUAGCUGGCUAAAAGUUCAAGCUACUUUUUUUAUUUGUUUCUUAUUGGUUUCCACCUUUGAUUUUAGGAAGUUCUGUGUCAACAUUACUUUAAUAUCACUUCCAGAGUAAUUUUUCUUGAUGUAUGGACUGCUUUACCUCCACGCAAUUCUAAAUUUGACUUAGUAUUAUCAUUGUUAAUAAUAAUCUCCAGUUUGUAUAAUUAUAUUGCCUCCAUGUAUUGUUCCUUCCGAUAAAAUUUUCUCAUCUUUGUCUGGUGUAUCAGUGAGGACGAAUGGAUUUACUUUGUAUACCAUUCCAUGUUUUAGUAAGACCUUAUUUUGCAAGAUAUACUAUUUAUUUGGGGAGAGGUAUAUUACAUCAAUUGACCGUUUUAAGUGGGUUGUGGGGCCCAAUGAUUUUGGUGCUGGUUUAUUCUACUUUCUCUUAAAGACUCCGGUUAAGAAUCCAAUGGGGAAAAUAUUCCUGAUGCUUGCAGUAUAGUUUAUUUGAAAAAAAAAAAUUACCUCUGCCUUGGAGUCCUCAAAAUGUAUUGAAGUGAUUUGCAGUGGUUUGUUGGAACCAUAAUCUUGCAUGAUGUUCAUUUUGGUCUGUGUAGUAAGUAUUAUGAACUGUGUAGUAAGUUUAACAUGAAUCUUUGAAAAUGCUAUCAGAUGUAAGAAAAAUGUACCUUUAAGUAAGUCAUUGCUGUGAGACUUACAAUUCAUAGUGGCUGUGUGAAAACCAGUUUCUCUGCAUGUGUAUGCUUGUGUGUGAGUGUGUGGUGUGUAUGUGAGUAUUGAAUGAAUGAGUGCAUGAGGUGCAUCCUCAUGCCUUAAAAACUCCUUUAUUUGGUUUGGUGUCACUUAUUUGGUUGCAGUUUGUAAUGCUUCACAUUCAAAGUUUUUCGUUUUUCCCCCCCAAAAAAUAUAUUUAACAUUACAACAUGUACAUUAUGUUCUAUGAAACCAUGUUCUGUACCACAUGUUCUUGAACAAUCAGAGGGACUUGGCAGCUAAUUGAAUGAUGACAAUUUGUUGAUACAUCAGAUCCUUCAUAAAGUUUUCAGAGACUUUGAAUUCCGUUAUUUACCAUCAUGUUGUGUUGGUUUGUGCAGGAUGUUGUUAAAUGCCUUCCAAUAACCUCACAGAAAGUAAAACAAAAAGUUUGUUUCCCUUUUUUUGCAGCUGACAAUUCUACAUUAUUGCUGCUUUCAUUUGUGCAAAUCAAUUUUGUCUUUGUUCUAGCUCUAUCAUGUUUCUUUUUCGUUGAUAAAGUAUUGUUAGUGAUUAUUUUUAAAACGUUUGUUAUAAAGUUCAUUUGUUUGUAAUAUUUAUUGUCUUUUUUGUUAUUGCUAGGAAUUUGUUAUUCCAACCUCAUUCCUGUUUGUACUUAUGAAAAUCAGUUCAAUGCUUUUCCACAAUUACAUAAUAGAAGAUUGUUGUCCACAACAUGUAAUGUUGGUUGUCAUGCUAUCCAAAAUUUGCUGCAUCAUCUUGAAUCUCUAUUUUUUUAUCUUACUUAUUUAAAUGUUAAAAUAUUUUAACCAAUUGAACUGAUUUGAAUUCAAAUAUAGUGGCAACACAGCUACAUGACACUCAAGGCGGAUCGUCUGACUUUUGUAGGAUUUUUUUUUUUUUUUUUAAGAAAAAGAGAAUAAGAUUGGGCCUAUGUGUUUCUACAAGUGCCAACAUUCUGCAGUCUGAGCCCUGGAUUCGUAUGUGUUUUCUUUAGCUUUCAAUUUAAUCUGAAUAAUCUUAAAAAUGUUGUAUGAGACUGUCAUUUGGUGAAGCUGUGUCUACCAAUCUAUAUUACCAUGUAUCAUGCAUAUAACUGCUUUUUCAGUUUAUAUCUCUAGUCGCCCUCAAUGAGCCUAGUGUACAUGACUGGUGUGAUAAAUAGUCAUUUAAAGUGCAGGUAUCAAUAUCUUGCUAAUGAAGUCAUAAAUUGUUACACGCAGCUUUUGUUGUUCUUCUUUACUUUGCUUUAUUGAAAGGAUUGAACUCAUUGAUGACGUUUGAUGUGAGAAAUAUGCACUCUUUCAUAUAUUAGACAAGAGUCUAUAUUUUGUGUUGAGACAUAUGGGUUUGAGGAAAGAAUUAGAAAUCCUAGAAUUGAUGUGCAUGUUCUACAACAUCCACUUAUGGUUUCUUUGUAGUUUGCAUUUUAUUUUAGGAUAUUUAUCUGGAAUAAUUUAUAGCACCGGUGAGAAAAGUGUGUACUCAGUUAGAGUAUCAAUCUUAGACUGAAGAUCUCUAGUGCACAUUAUUUGCUUUGUACAUAUUAAAUGCUUUAAGCAACAUUAUCUGGAAGUUAGCACGACUCACAUACACCGUAUUGAAUGAAUUAAAAUAAUACCUAUGUUCAGGGAUGUGCACUUUUCAUGAUUCAACUCCAUGAGUGUUUUAAUAUUUUCCUUUCUUUCGAGGUCAAGUGAACAUCUAAGUAAACCGGCAAGUUAUGUGUUCCAAAAAUGCCUCAUAUUAAUUUUUUUGUGAUUUGCAUUUAGGAUUAAUUGUUUUCUAGGUGUAUCAAUGAAAAGUGCACAUCCCUGAGGUAACAUUUUACCUGCUUGUUAUUUAUUUGUUUCAUAUUACAGAUAUAUUACCUAGAGAUGUAUUUUUAUCGACAUUUCACUGUUACAUUUCCAAAUGCACAGGGAAACUGUCAAGUGUCUUUCUAAUGUUACCUCUUUUGUUUAACUUGAUUAAGGGAUCUUAUUCCAUCGAAUUUACAUCUUGUAAUAUCUUGUAAUCCAAGCAAUUCCUGUUCAGUAUGAUAUAUGCUGUUUUAUACUGUCAGUAUCCUGAUUUGCAUUUGCGUUUUGCUUGUGUGUUACUUGUGAUAAACUUGAAUAAAGAUUUCUUUAGUGCA